AUGUAUCAUUUGCAGGUGAAUCACCCACAUCCCGGAGUAAAAUUUAGAGAAAUAGCUGGCUUACUGCAGACAGGACACCGCAUGCCUAAGCCACCUCACAUCUCACAAAAACUGUAUUCCAUAAUGGCCAAUUGCUGGGAAGAGAAAACAUCGGAGAGACCAACAUUUCAAUGGCUCUGCUCUGUGAUUAGGCGACUUCUGGAUGAUCACAAGACAUAUGUGAACUUGGCAGUCUACAACGGCGAGGACUAUGUUAAUUUCGAUGUGAUAAGGGAUUAA